UGCUCGCAGGGCUCCUUUUUCAAAGAGCUGAAGAGAAAUUGCAGCAAUCGUCUCCCUCGAAUACCCGCAAAACUGCCUCAGUGACUAGCAUGAAGUUUAUGAAAAAACACCAGACUCAGACGGCUUUUUCAGAAAAUUAAUUGGAUUGGUGGGCAUGAGGAUUUUGUCAUUGCCAAACAGAAGAAACUUUACUUUUUCCAUCUUGUUUCAAGGUGUUUCACAAAUCUAAAAUCAUGUUUCCAAGUGAAGACUGGAACUCAAGUGAACUGCUGAACAGCUCCAUUGGAAACUCCUCCAUGGAGGAUACAGAGGACGAGGAGCACCCCUUCCUGACGGAUGCUUGGCUGGUGCCCCUUUUCUUCUCUCUCAUCAUGCUAGUAGGGCUGAUCGGAAACUCACUAGUGAUCUAUGUCAUCUCCAAACACAGACAAAUGAGGACCGCCACUAACUUUUAUAUUGCUAACUUGGCUGCUACUGAUAUCAUUUUCCUGCUGUGCUGCGUGCCGUUCACUGCUACCCUCUACCCACUGCCUGGCUGGAUAUUCGGGGACUUCAUGUGUAAAUUUGUUGCUUUUCUCCAACAGGUGACCGUACAGGCGACGUGCAUCACUCUUACGGCAAUGAGCGGAGACCGUUGCUAUGUGACUGUAUAUCCUCUGAAAUCCCUGCACCAUCGAACCCCUCGUGUCGCAAUGAUUGUUAGCAUCUGUAUCUGGAUCGGUUCCUUCAUCCUUUCCAUACCAAUCUUCCUGUACCAGAGGCUUGAGGACGGCUAUUGGUACGGACCCAGAAAAUACUGCAUGGAGAGGUUUCCAUCAAAGACCCACGAGAAAGCUUUCAUCCUCUAUCAGUUUAUAGCCGUAUAUCUACUGCCUGUCAUUACCAUCUCCUUCUGUUAUUCCUUCAUGCUGAAGAGAGUGGGACAAGCCUCUGUGGAACCAGUGGAUAACAACCAUCAGGUCCACCUGCUCUCAGAGAGAACCAUCUCCAUCAGGAGUAAGAUUUCCAAAAUGGUAGUGGUCAUUGUUGUUCUCUUCACCAUCUGCUGGGGUCCCAUUCAGAUCUUUGUCCUGUUCCAGUCUUUCUAUCCCAACUUCAAGGCCAACUACGCAACAUACAAGAUCAAAACAUGGGCUAACUGCAUGUCCUAUGCCAACUCCUCUAUCAACCCUAUUGUCUACGGUUUUAUGGGCGCCAGCUUCCGCAAGUCUUUCAGGAAGACCUUCCCCUUCCUCUUCAGACACAAAGUGAGGGACAGCAGCGUCGCCUCUCGCACCGCCAAUGCAGAAAUAAAGUUCGUAGCAACGGAGGAGAGCAACACAGAGAGGAAAUGAAAGCAGAUGACACCUCAACCAUGAAUUCAUGCCAACUGUCUAGUUGCUGAAGCGCAGGCUUCCCCUAUAAACAGGGGUUAUAUUCAGUUCACUGAUUUGUGAAAAAAUUGUAAUGUGGUUGAAAGGGCAAAGAACUGCAAACGUGCACGUAAAUUAUUACGGUUAUAAUUACAGCUGGAGUUAAGUUGUAUUAUUUGAUAUUUACAUCCAACAUCUAAACCAAGAGGUUCAACUCUUAUUGCUGGCCCUGCUGUGCUACGAGAGCCUGCGUUUUCAAAAGUUGGAUGGAAAGAUCAUUUUACAGGGCGUACGUUCGCGGAUGGGGAACCAAACGGAUGUUCUGCCAGCGGAGAUGUGUAGGAGCUUGCCUGAAAGGAUGUUGACUAAAUCAAACAUGGCAACUGUUGACUCAUCUAUUGUGUUUGACAUGUACACGACACCUCCCUGUGCACACUUCCUCAUGAAACACUGCUCCAAACUGCUCUUCAUCGGUUAUAUUUAUAUAUUCUGAGCAUUCUACGACAUGGCCCAACCUGAAGAGGUGUACUCACAAGGUAUAGGCUCUCUCAAAGUGCACCACUUGUCAAGAUUGAACGAAUGUUGUUUAGAGAGCACAGCAUAACAUAUUAUGCUGCACCUGCCAGCAAGGCUGUUGUGUGUGUGAAUGGAAUUGAAGAUGACAGAGACAUCAUCGUUAAUGUUACAAUAGAUGCAAGACUUAUUCAUUUUAUUUUAAAAAAAGAUGCAGCAUAAAACAUCUCAAGAACCAUUUUCAUGGAGCAAUUCACACAGAAUGGGUUUUUGCGUUUAAUAUUGCGAGAAGGCAAUGAAAUGACAAAAAAGGACAAGAAACAUGUUUUUUUAUGUUAUAGUACUUUUAACCUGAGCAGCACAUUUGUGACCCUGGACCACAAAACCACUCAUAAAUAGCACGGGUAUAUUUGUAGCAAUAGCCAACAAUAAAUUGUAUGGGUCAAAAUGAUAAAUGUUUCUUUUAUGCCAGAAAUCAUUAGGAUAUUAAGUAAAGAUCAUGUUCCAUUAAGAUAUUUUGUAAAUUUCCUACUGUAAAUAUAUAAAAUCUUGACAACUUUAGACAAUUUUAAACGUGGUUUUCUUAAUAUUUAGAUUUUUUUUGCACCCUCAGAUUCCAGAUUUUCAAGUAGUUGUAUCUCAGCCCAACAUUGUCCUAUCCUAACAAACCAUACAUCAUCAAUGAAAAGCUUAUUCAGCUUUCAGACGAUGUAUAAAUCUCUUUUUUUUGUUUGUUUUUGUGGUCCAGCAUCACGUUUAUAGUAGGGGCGGGAAUCGGUACCUCACUAUUCAAUUAAUAUCAAUUCUUAGGUUAAUGAUUAGAUUUUUUUAUGCACACUGGACAUCAAAUGCACCAGUAUUUGGAUCUAAAAACUCAAGAACUCAAGAAAUCAGUGUUUCCUCUUCACUGUUAACUUCCUAAUAAAUUAUAAAUAUUUUACACUUCCCCGAAUCCCCGAAUCGGAUUACUGUGUUUGGAAAGAAAAUGGCAUGUACUAUGAAACCCCUAAAGGGAAUAAUAAACAGGAGAUGGGAGGGAAAAAUACAUUCCACAGCUUUUCCUCGCAAUUAUAUCGUUGGGUAAUUGCACUGUUUAUAAAUUGCGGGCAUCGAGAAGCCGUUAAUAUGUGAGGCAGUGAAAUCGCUUUUGAAUGUACGUUCCAGGGUUGCCAUGUGUUCACAACAGAACCCGCACAAUUGCUACUCAAAACUAACCCAAAACUAUCCCAGUCGCGUUCUCUGGGUAAAAUACAUGUUUUUGUAGCGUCUCUAACUUGUGGACAAGAAAAACAACCCGCCCCGCAACAAUGUUAAAUUAGCCUAAUUAAGCGGGGAACAUCAGACUUGCCAACACAAGUAUGUUCGCGUUUUACUUUCACCUUGUAGAUUCGCGAUCACACAUACUAACUCUGUGUAUACUGCGUAGCAGCAGUACUUAUCGCAUAUUUGACAAAAUUAUGUUUGUCAGUGGUGCUCAGGAUCUGUAAAUCAUUUGCCAAGGUCCUAUCAGUUACCUCUCCUUACUCUGUUUAUGUGGCAAGUGAAUUUUUUUGUACUGUAAUGUAGCCGGAAACCGCUAACUGUUUCUGUAACUGUGGCUCUUUAGAACGCGUUGUUCGUUUUUUGUGCCUUUGCGUAUUCACGAUUCGGCCACAUCCCUAGGCAGGAUGUAUUUGUUUUCCUCCUCCAUUGCUGGUGCUGUUUUGUUCAGACAAUAUCAUGUUGUUACUAUUAUUAUAUUAACUCGAAAAUCUAUUUAUAUAGUGUUUCAUGAACAAGAUGUUGCUUAAAAUGCUGGAUGUGUGUGCAAUGAUCAAACACUUAUAUUUAGUGCAUGUUUACUCUGAAAAUAAAUGGAAAAGAAGCAAUAACGUUUUCUGUGUGAAUAGCCCCCAAGUUGUCGGUGUCUUGAUACAGUGUUGUAAAAACACAACAGUCAUGUGCAAGAUGCUGAAAAAGCAGUGCAAAGUAGUGGUCAGAGAUGUUUGUCUGGGGGGCAAUUUAAACAGAAAGCUUUAUUUGUGUUGAAAAAUACAAAACUACGCAAGGUCUAGAGAUUCAGUUGGUAAAAGUUUAACUUCUUUUAAUGAGCACACUGCUAAAACUUUACAAUUAAACAAAGGAAAAGGAAAACAGUGAAAUGAAAAAACGGUCCCUAAGCUGUCUGCAAUUUCAAAAUGAAUGAAAAAGCAAAACGGCACAAGGUCAAUAAUGUUUUUCUAAGGUGCUAUUCACAGUUUUUGUGAAGAAAAAACAGUGGAAUUUGAAAAAAAAUAACCCAAGGUCUCCAAAAGCAUUUUUUUAAAAAGUUCUUUUAACUUGGGCACUGUUUUUGAAAUGCAGUCAUGUGCUAGACAGUGCAAAAGACACCAGAUGUGAACACAAUAGUUAAACACGUCCAACUGAAAAGUAGCACAGUAAAAUGCAAAAAUAUGUUCUGUUAAAAGGCUCUAAGUUGUCUGUACCUUGACCCUUGAGGACGUCUAAACGAAACACUGACAAAAACAACAGUCGAAGAGUUUUUGUCUAGCGUAUGUUUACAUUGCAAACCGCAGUGGAGUGCAAAAACGCAUUCUGCGUGAACUGGCUCUAACGUAUUAAAUGUUCUGAAUUUAAAUGCAUAGCAUCCUCCAAGGCUUUCCAGAUGUACCCAUCAUUUUGAUGUAAUAAUUGAGGUAAAAUGGCUCUUUCAUGCACAAAUGGCAAUACAAGAAGUCUACAGGGUAGAUUUAUUUACCGUGCUAAGUGAGAAGGAAUUCAAAUAGGAAUUAAGUGUGAUUUUGUUUUGCUAGUGUGUGCUAACGCAAAGCUUGCUUAAUUACUUUUUGUCCUAAGCAGAAAUAGAUGUCUUAUCAUUAGCAUUUGUGAAAUGUUUUGACAAGCGGAGCUAAGUAGCUAAAAGCUUUUCUUGAAGUGCUGUCGGUUUAACCUUGGCAUUAAUAAAUUAUUCAGUAUCCUUGAA